CUCAACAGCCGCAACUCCAACCUCUUCUCCAUCCUCAAAGCUUCGUAAAACUCCAAGACGUGGCGGCAAUGUUACGCCAGCUGCGUCGACCUCGCCACGCACACGCGAAGAUGUUUUCGGUGACCGUGGUCGCGUUGUGUUUUCCAAGAGCGACGAUGAAGAGAUGGAGGACACUGUAGAAAUUCAGAAAAACCGGUCUCGUCGGAAUCUUCUUUUAUUAUGAGAGUAAGGUUGGGGCUUACGCUUAGGUCCAGCGGCGCUCAAAGCACUAAAUAAAACAACCGGUUAGUUUUCACAGGGCUAAUGAUGCAGCAUACAAUUAUUACCUCUAGAGACUUAGCCCUUCCAACAAUAUGAGUGUAGGGAAUUAUGGAUCUCCCAAGUCAUCUGGAAGACCAAGAAUAUGAGAAGAAAAAGGCAGCUGCUAGAUGUUGAUCUGUGAAGAGAUGCAUUAGCUAGUAAACUACCUCAAGCUCAACUACCUCUAAUUUUAGCGCGCGCAGGUCAGGGUAGCCACGUGAAGGCUAGCUACGUCAAAGCCUCAAAUUUGUUGUCAAAGCAGUACCUUGUGGAUCUGCGCAGUUCUGGCCGAGACGGCAACACGAUUGAGGAAUUUUCGCGCUACUUGGGGGAUCUCAGCAAACACGUAUUGCAGCAAGGGACGAACAAGAUGAUGUUGAACAGUGCUGGACAUCAGCCAGGUAGUUCAUCAUCUUCACAGCAACAUGCGUCUGCUCUGAGUAAGUUGAGCGAGCUAUUGGGUGGUGGCUCUCGUCUCUCGCGCUCAGCACGUCGUUCCACUGCAGUUGAUAGCCGUCGAGCUCGUCGCAUUUCCCUCUUUGACGAGACCGCAACAGCAGCCGCUGUGACUGCAGGUCAGUUAUGGGAACAGGGCGGUGGAGGGCAACAAUUUAUUGGAGGACAAGAUCAAGAAUUAAUAGCACAUGAAGCGCAAAGUAGUACAACAACCACGAGGACUCUUGACGUUGAGAUGCUGGAGACCACAGACGAAAAGGUUCUCGAACCAGGAACUACAGAAACAUCUUCAAGGAAAAUAUCCUUGUCCACAUCCAUCAAGAAUACUCAACCUUCAAGUUGUCCACAUCAAGCUUCUAAUCCUGUGCCAGUCGUCAAAAAUAAAUGGGAUCGUCUUUCUCUCCUAGACAAGGAAUUGCUCCAUGCUUUACUUCUCUCUGCGAUUGAACAUUCGCGGGCUUCUGACCGGAAAAUAGAUGGCGACGCAGAAUCUCUGUUUUUAAACGCGACAACGGGAGGCUCUCCAAAUAGUGCUGCCUCAAACCUGGUACUCGAACAAGCUGGUCAUCAAUCUCCCUCGAAUAGAGGAAAUACAACUAUGCUCAGCAUGAUGCAGUUGUCGGCGACAGGGUCACCAGGAGCAACUACUGCGAAAAGCUUUUCCACUCGACCCGGCAAAAAGGGUGGUACUGCCUCUCCAAAUCAACAUGGAGGAAGGUUGCGAGGCCUUCUAACGGGAUCAUCUCCUUCAGAAGGAUUGUCGCUAUUCACCGAUGAGCACAACGACAACGUCCUCGACUCUCCAACAGCAUCAGGUGGAGCCCCUAAUAGAAGUCCAACCAGCCCAAGUGGUUUAGGUUUACAACUUGCAAGAAACGCGUUGACGAACCUCCGUUCUGCCGCAUCCCGCAUGAAAAAUAUGUCCGAAAGGGAGGCACAGUUGUGGAACGCACAGCGCGCACGUAUGAGAAAGCAGCUGCGCGAUCAACUUUUUGGCAUGGGUCAGAAACUAAAGUUUAACACCCUUUUGCUUAGACAGUUCGGUGACGAUGUGGAUAGGAUGGUCUCGCAAUUGUCGGAAGAUGAGAAGGAGGAGGAAGAGGAAAAACAAAGACAAAGACUCCUUGUUGUAGAAGAAGAAGAAAGAAAACACGGGCCGAGGAUCGGUGGACCACACGAUCAUGACAAAGAACAAGGUCGUGGAAGUGUAAGACUUAAUGCAGCAGCAGCGGAUCCUCUUUCUGAUCGUGAUCCUCAGCGUACAACUACUAAAACGAAUGUCAAAUUUAUUGACAACGUUGAUGAUUUAGUUGACCACCUUGAUGCCCUAGCCGCGUCUCCUGCAGCUUCUUGUGAAAGUAGCAAAAUCAAAAAUCGACGCAAGUCCGUAGCUUUUGUAGUUGACGAAGGAGAAGAGGUGCAGAUGAAAUACGAAAAAGAUGAGAAGAAAAAUGAACAUCUCCAGCCCCGCACAGCGACUACAGAAGCACAUCAGCUGACCGAUACUGUUAAGACAUCAGCAAUUCCACCAGGCGGCACAUCUGAUCCUUCUGGUCCAUCCUCUCCCUCACCCAAUAAAAAACGCCGCAAGAGUUCACUCAAAAUUGCUGCUAGUGGACAACAGACUGCGACGACAAUGCUCACUCUGAGAAGACCACAAGGUGGAGGCCCGAUGAAUUUUAACAGCAGUAAGAGAAGAACAAGUAUUACAGCAGCAAGAGCCGCACAAGCUGAUCCUUCUAUGGUCGAAUUGAAUAUCGGUGGAGCAGGCAAGCUGCUGAGUAUUAAACCAACUGCAGGAGCAACACCAGGUGCAGAUAGAACACCUUCGUCUAAAGAAAUUGUUGGAGAUGAGCAUAACAAGAAGAAUAAUCUACCUCCAAGCUUAGUGCCACUUUCAAAUUCCUCAUCAUCAAAAUCAAAUGCAGCAGAAGCAGGUUCCUCCAACAUGUCUUCUGACGCUCUCUGGCUGGCUUUACAACAGAAUACUCCGAGAGGCGAGCGGAAAAUCUCUCUGAGUGAAAUCGAACAUGUCGACUACGUCAUGGAUCAUCAUGCUGGAGGUGCCACCAGAGACCACAGACACGAAAUUCUUCAUCCCAUGGAUACUAACUUGCUGGGGGUUAAUAGUGGAAAGAAGAAUUUUCAUUCAUCUGAGGACAAGAUUGUAAAGAGUGAACUUGUCGACACGAUCAUGCGGCAACAACAUCUUGUUUCUGGUGCUAGUGAUGUUGGGCCAGCAGGUGGAGGUAGGCGUGGAUCGGAGCAAAAUAUCCAUACCUCUGCGCGGAGAAAAUCAAGGGACUCGAGAAACCAUCUGCAACUCACCGGAUUUUCGUUGGGGAGUGAAGCGAACAAGAAAUGAUUACUUUAUGAACCAAGAACAAGAAAUUAUGAAUUUGUUUUAUACCGUAGUUACCGUUACCGAUCAUACACUUGAUAUUGCACCAUUAACAGAAAAGAGUUUUUAUCGUUUCAUGUGCGUACUUAGUUCAUCUGUCUAUAUCUUUAAGUAGUCUCCAAAAGAUUUUGCAAAGCAAGUAAGCUUUUUUCACAAGUAUUUCUAGUUACCUUCAUUGACAGUGUUGCAAAGAACAUCCCAAGAAAAAAAGAGUUUUCUAGUCUGCUGCAAAGAGUAAAUAUGAGACGCUGAUACCGAUUACCGAAUUAUCCGCAUUCGCUGCAAAUGAUACCGAUAUGUUGAAUGAUGAAAGAAACACCCAAAUCUACUACUUUCGAUGCCAACAUCGAAUCAGCCUAAAAGUGAAGGAGCCACAAUGUGAAUAUCGAUGAAUUACUUAUACUGGGUCGGAGGAAUAC